ACCAAAUUUUACUCUUCUAAUUUAUUUUUCUUUUCUUCUGAUCAUCUUCUCUCUACACCCAAACCCAUGGCUACUUCACUCAAGACACCCAUUAUUCCUGCAUCAGCAUUGCUUCAAUCCAAGCAAACAACCACCCUCAAGGAGGAAUUGACCAUGAAAUAUUACUCCGACGACCUUGUCACUGGCUACAUUUAUGCCAAACAUCGUGACGAUGACUCUACUAGAAUCGACCUCCCUCGUUACAUCUCAGUUAUCGAAAACAUUCUCACCCUUUCUGAUAGAAUCACUGAUGCUGUUCUUCGGGGUACUGAUGGACGUCUAGUAUAUUCAGAUGAAUCUCAAGCAUCAAAUGUUGUGAUUGAGCCACCAGUUUGCACUCUUCACCAUAUCUUGAGCGAGCUAUCAUGCAAGGCAACGGGGAUAGAAAGAGCACAUGAGGUUACACUAAAAAUCUUUGAAAUAUUGACAAAUUAUCCAUGGGAAGCCAAGGCAGCUCUGACUUUGAUAGCAUUUGCCACUGAUUAUGGAGAUUUAUGGCAUCUUUAUCAAUAUUCCCAAACAGAUCCACUGGCUAAAUCUUUGGCAAUUAUCAAGAGAGUAGCUACUUUGAAAAAGCACUUAGACUCACUUAGAUAUAGACAAGUGAUUGUGAGCCCCAACAGUUUGAUCAAUAGCUGCUUGCAAGCAAUUAAAUAUAUGAAUCAAAUUAGAGAAUUCUCUAAGUAUGAUGUGAAGGAACUUCCUGAAUUACCUUCUGCUCUUCGUCAAAUCCCACUGAUUACUUAUUGGGUUAUACACACUAUUGUUGCUUCUGGAAUUGAGCUCUCCACCUACCUGAGUGAAACUGAGAACCAACCACAGAAAUAUUUGAAUGAACUGUCUGAGAAGAUCGCCAUAGUACUGGCUGUGCUUGAAAAGCAUCUAGAUGCCAUCCGAGAACAAUAUGAGGAGGUUGAUCUCUACCGGUGGCUGGUGGAUCACAUUGAGCAUUAUCAUACUGACAUUACAUUAGUCAUUCCCAAGCUUCUUACCGGCAAGAUUGAAGCCAAGCCCCUUAUUGAUGGCUCUACUCUAAGAGAGGUUAGCAUUCAAGAAAGUUUAUCGGGAAAGAACGUGAUAUUGGUAAUUUCAGAAUUGAGUAUCUCCGAGGAAGAUAUCAAAGCAAUUCAUCAGGUUUACAAUGAAUUGAAAAGAGACGAUAAGUAUGAGAUUGUUUGGAUUCCAAUAAUCCCAGAGAGAUAUCUUGAAGAGGAUAGAAGGAGAUAUGAAUAUUUGAGAUCUACAAUGAAAUGGUACUCAAUGCAAUUCACUACCAGAAUUGCUGGCAUGAGAUAUAUUGAAGAGAAAUGGCAAUUUAGAGAGGAUCCAUUGGUUGUGGUACUCAACUCACAGUCUAAAGUGGAAUUCACUAAUGCAAUUCAUUUAAUUAGAGUUUGGGGAACUGAAGCAAUCCCUUUUACUCAUAAUAGAACUGACUAUCUUUUGAGAAAGCAUUGGCCUGAAUCAACCCUUGUCAAGUUCACUCAUCAGCCAAGAUUAUUGAGUUGGUUCAACCAAGAAAGAAGCAUCCUAUUCUACGGUGGAAAAGAUCCAAAAUGGAUCCAACAAUUCGAGGAAAGAGCAGACAUCUUAAAAAGCGAUCCUCUGAUAAUCGAAGGACGUUCAUUCGAGAUCGUACGCAUAGGCAAGAACGCAAGAGGAGAAGAAGAUCCAGCACUCAUGGCUCGUUUCUGGACAACACAAUGGGGUUAUUUCAUAAUCAAGAGUCAACUGAAAGGCUCAAGUGCAAGCGAAACAACAGAAGACAUUUUAAGGUUAAUUUCUUAUGAAAACGAAAAUGGUUGGGCUGUUCUUACGGUUGGUCCUGCUCCUCUUCUUGUUGGUCGUGGCUUCUUAAUCCUAAGAUUGCUUGAAGAUUUCCCUAAAUGGAAACAAACUUUACGCCUCAAAGGAUUCCCUGAUGCUUUUAAAGAAUACUUUAACGAAUUGGCCACCAAAAAUCACCAAUGUGAUCGAGUAAUUCUUCCCGGAUUUAGUGGAUGGAUUCCGAUGAUUGUGAAUUGUCCUGAAUGUCCUCGAUUCAUGGAGACUGGUAUUAGCUUCAAGUGCUGUCAUGGAGGUCCUCUAAUUUGAUUUCUCUUUUCAUAUAAUUACUUACUAUAUCUAUAUAUAUAUAUAUAUGCUAUUAUAUAUUACUACUACUAAUAAUAAACCAUAUAGUAUUAUUAUUGCAUUUAUUGCUAUAUAGCUUCAAGCUUAUGUAUGCGGGUCGUAUUUGCUAUUUUUCCCCUUUUUGCUACACUUUAUGUAUUUGCUUCGAUAUGAAUCAUCUAAUGUAAGAACACUACAUCGAAUAAAGGACGUUUAAUUUAUUUAA